GGGAAAACAGUGGAAGCAAGUGGAGGUGGAAGGAAGGGGAUCGAAGUCGAGGUGAUCGGUGAUUGUCGUGGAAAAAAGUAGAGUUGACAAAACGUCUAUCGUGUUGUCGCGGGGGAGAGUGCAUGGUGAUUUUUAACAAAAAUCGUUCGCCCCAUCCCCUCGGUGUUCGAUACCGCCGGAGGUAAUUAAGGACACGUGCAUAGCCGUGUAGCAGCCGUGAAUCGAAUUUCACCGACGGGUCAUCCAGAAGCGCACAAUGAGCUUCCUAUUCGGAAGCAGGUCUUCGAAAACCUUCAAGCCAAAGAAGAACAUCCCAGAGGGAACUCAUCAGUAUGACUUGAUGAAGCAUGCAGCAGCUACCUUGGGUUCUGGGAAUUUGAGACUAGCGGUCAUGCUUCCAGAGGGUGAAGAUUUGAACGAAUGGGUCGCAGUAAACACUGUUGAUUUUUUUAAUCAAAUCAACAUGUUAUACGGAACCAUCACGGAGUUCUGUACAGAAGAGAGUUGUCCCAUCAUGUCCGCAGGACCGAAGUACGAAUACCAUUGGGCCGACGGACACACCGUUAAAAAACCGAUUAAAUGUUCUGCGCCAAAGUACAUCGAUUAUUUGAUGACUUGGGUGCAGGACCAGUUGGACGACGAAACUUUAUUUCCCUCGAAGAUCGGUGUCCCUUUCCCAAAAAAUUUCUCCUCCAUCGCGAAGACGAUACUGAAACGAUUGUUCAGAGUGUACGCGCACAUAUAUCAUCAGCACUUCAGCGAAGUGGUCCAACUCGGCGAGGAGGCGCAUUUAAACACGUCGUUCAAACAUUUUAUAUUCUUUGUUCAGGAAUUUCAAUUGAUAGAGAGAAGAGAAUUGGCGCCGCUGCAAGAACUCAUAGAGAAGCUGACAGCGAAGGAUGCCCGAUGAACGCGAUCUCGAUCGUCGAACGACAACUCCUCCAAAGAAUCUCGCCCGUGCUAACUGUUUAACAAACGUGUAACUGUGCAUGUUAUUUAACUAACCCGAAUCAUUGCUAACGUCGCGAUUGUCAGAAAUCGCCGGUGUUGCACCACUUGUUCACGCAAAACAGGCGGCUGAUACACGCAUUUUAUAUAACGAGACAAGGAGAGAGAGAGAGAGAGAGAGAGAGAGAGAGAGAAAGAGAGAAA